CUUCCGUGAGCCCCACCAGGGGGUGAGGAUGGCCAGGCAGCCCAUUACCAGGGCUCCUCCUCCAACCACUACAUCCUCCUAGCACCUGGGACAGCGGGGCCAUGCCAGGAGAGCAGCCCCCAACUUUGCCCAGAGACUUACAGCCCUGCCAAAUUGCCAGGAGUCUAGGGUGCCCCUCUCAGCACCCCCUCAAGGACCACAGCUCUGCCAGCAGGACCACCCAGGGCAUGAGAGAUGAUGGCAGCAAGGCCCAAGGUUCCCCGGAAGCCCGGCUGAGUCAGGCCAAAGACGUGGAGCAAGAGGACCUGAGCCUGAGAGGGCAGGCCCCAGCAGCACGGAGCCGUGCACAUGUUUGCCCAUGGCCGGCCAGCAGGAUGGAGAGCAGCCACCCCCAGCUCCACAGCCUAAGUCCUUCGAGGAUCAGAUGCAUCCUGGGUGAGCUGCCCAAGGAUCUGCAUCACGAAGCCCCCCAGGUGGCAGAUACCAAGGUUCCUCAAACCCAAAAGACCAGAGCCCGCCACAGGACCUGCAUCCCAAGGGCCGAGGCCCUGCCCUCCCCAGAAGAGAAUAGCUCCCAAAGGUGCUUUCAGGAGGCCCCUUCCAGCUUUACCUCCACCAACUGUACCUCACCAAGUGCCACCCCUGGGCCCUUACCUCGGAGGGCCCCCCAGAGCAAUGGCACCAGCCCCCGUCGUAGGCAUGCUUCUGGCACUAACCUCCAGGCCAUUGGGACAAACCCUUGGCCUCCUGCUGCUGAGAACAGCUUCCCAGGUGCUAAUUAUGGGGUCCCCUCUGCAGAGCCCAAGCCCUUUCCUGAAGGCAGCAGGCCUAGCAGCCCCCAGGGGGUCUCUGCCCCCUACCCCUUCCCUGUAGAGACAGUCCAGCAUGAGAGGGCAGCGGGGACAAUGUUGUUCACCUUCCACCAGCCCCUGGUAGCAUGGUCUGAGGAGGCCCUGGGUACAAACCCUGCCUACCCAUCCCUGUCUUGCAACCCAGGCCCGUCAGGGGGAGCCAGCGCUCCCAGUGAUCUUGGAGGCGCCCUCUCGCCACCUGGUGCUCCUCGAUUGCUCCCGAGCCCCUUCCAGGAUAGUUUGCACAAAAGCCUGACCAAAGGCCUUCCUGAAGGGCCCCCUCCCGCUCAUGAUGGGCUGGGGAGCCCCAGAGGCCUCUCAAAUCCUCCACCCCAAAGGCACUUUCCAGGGCAGGGGUAUGGAGCGAAUGGGGUGGGUACCAGCCCAGCAUCGCUGGACACAGAGCUGCCCACCUCUGGGCCACCACCCACCCAUCUGUCCCAGCUGUGGGAUACAACAGCAGCUCCUCCUUACCCCACGUCCACCCUGGGCCCUGCAGCUGCUGCCGGGACUGCCUUCUUCAAAAGCCAGCAGCAGCUCUGCCUCCCCCACAGUCCCCCGCUGCCCUGGUCCCCGGUGCUCACGACCCCUGGGCCGAAUCCCCACCAAAUGGGGGUACUGAGCCGACUGACAUUCCCCAGGGGGUCUUCUGAGUGGCAGGGGGACAGCCCGGGGACCCUGGGUGCUUUGAAUACAAUCCCCAGACCUGGAGAGUCAGCUCUCAGGAGCAGCCCAGGCCAGCUAAGCAAUUCCCCAAGGCUGCUAGCCUACGGUGGGCUGAAGGACCCUGGGACGCAGCCCCUGUUCUUUGGGGGAGCCCAACCCCAAAUGUCACCCCAGGGGGCCCUCAGCCUGCCCCCACCUAGGGCAGUGGGGGCCUCCCCCAGUGAGUCUCCUCUUCCCUCACCUGCAACCCACACAGCCAGCAGCAGUACCUGUUCCUCCCUGUCACCACCAUCCAGCAGCCCAGCCAACCCCAGCUCUGAGGACAGCCAGCAGCCCGGACCCCUCAGGUCCCCAGCCUUCUUCCUGCCCCCCACCCAUUCCCAGGAGACCAGCAGCCCCUUCCCUUCCCCAGAGCCCACAUACACCCUCUCCACUCGCUAUCACUCCGAGACAGCCAAAGCCUUCCCUCUCCCCACAGAGGGGCCAGGGGCUGAGGAUACCUUCAAAAGCCAGGAGGGAGCCUCAUUCUCCCACAAGAGCCCCUCACUGGGCAGAGACAGUUUGAAGGGCUUUCCUCCGGAGCCGCUGCCGCCGCCACCGCCACCACCACCACCGCCACCAUACUCAGCCCAGCACUUCUCCCUGAGCAGCGCCAGCCUGGACCAGCUGGAUGUCCUGCUGACCUGCAGACAGUGCGAUCGAAACUAUAGCAGCCUCACUGCCUUCCUGGAACACAGGCCACUCUGCAGCCUCCUCUUAACCAAGACCAAGGAUGGUUCUCUGCAGCCCCCCGGGCUCCCCACACCCACCACCACCUCAAAGGCACCCACCGAUGCACACUCGGCCUUGCUUGAACACAACCAGGCUGUCCCCUUCCUGCUAACCAGAGAUGACCCAGCUGUCACCCCCUUCCCGCUCCCCACCUCGGACCUUGACAUGGAAGAUGACGCUAAGCUGGACAGGCUCAUCACCGAGGCUCUCAAUGGCAUGGAGUACCAAUCAGAUAACCCUGAGAUAGACAGCAGCUUCAUUGAUGUCUUUGCUGAUGAGGAGCCUUCGGGCUCCAGGGGGGCCAGCACUGGGCAUCCCCUCAACACCCAGGUGGGAGCAACUCCCAAGAAUGGUACCCAGCCCCAGCUCCCAUCCAAAGCUGCUGUGCCAGAACCCCAAGCCCCCCGCACUGGAGACAGGAGCCACCCAGCCCGAAACAGGCCCAAAACCCGUUCUCUGGGCCUUGCAUCUGCAGAGGCAGAUGUGACCACCCUGAUCAGGCAGCAGAGGAGAGGGAAGCAAUUCAAGUUGUUUCGGAAAGAGCCCCGUGUAGCCAAGGGCGCUAACAGUCAGGCCAAAGCCAUCUGCCUGAGGCCAAGGAAGAAGGGCCAUAGUGCCGAGCGUCCCCGGCCCCAGGCUCGCAAAAGUCAGACUCGCAAGGGCCACCCUCGGGAGGAUCACAGCCUCUCCAGAGCCACCUCCAAAGAGACGAGGAGCUCCAAGCACCUGCAGCUGCCCUCUGGGAAGGACUCCAGGAAGAGGAGGGGGCGGGGUGGCUCCUGGAGCAAGGAACUCAUCCACAAGAUAGUGCGGCAGAAAAACAGGCACCACAGGCAGCAGGUACCACGGAACCAGGUCUCCCAUGUCCCCCUGCUGCCUGGAAGACCACCUUGUACCCAGGAGAGGAGGUCCACGGGGCAGGGCUGUGCCUCUGAAUCUGAGGAGGAGGCUGGUACACAGCAGCGGCGGGAUUUGGGGGGUCCUGCCCGAGGCUGUUCCCCCCACAGCCGCCAGCGGUGGCGCCAGGGCAAGAAGAGAAAAAAAGAAGAUUUGACCCAGAACCCAAGAAAGGUCAUGAGGCAGGAGGCUGGUGAGAACGGGGGCUCUCCCACUCCAAGGGCAAGAAGCCUGUUGCCGAGCUCGGAUGCUGAAGAAGUCUCUGUGGAAAGAGGACUUGAGCAUCGUGGCCAUCCCAUAAUAGCCCCCAAACAUCCUCCCCGGGUCCUCGCCACCACCAAGACCCAGGAGGGAAACCAUGCAGCCCUGGACUUCCCUCAGGAGGGCAAGAAGCCUGAAGUUGCUGCCGUGUUACACCCUUAUACCACUGAGCUAAGAGCGAAGCCCAGUUCUCCGGCUGACUGUGGUAGGGAAAGCCCCAGACCCGCUGCUCCAGUGCCAGCACAGGCUGGCAGUCCUCAGCCAUCCAGGAGCCACCCUGAAACACUAUCAGGAAACAGCAUGCUAGCACCAGAUGCAAGCUGUCUUCUGGGCACUUCUGGAUGCAUGAAGCCCCCCACUUUGCAUACCAGGGAGGACUCUGCCUCCCAGCCUGGAAGGUACCUGGUACCCAUCGAUAAGGUGGCAGACAUGUUCUACACUGAAUCCAGCCUCCCGGUUUUUAAGGACUCGAGUCCUGGUUGUGACCCUGACCACUGUGACAGGCACUCUAUAGAGUGCCCAGCUGCCAAAAGAGGACCCCUGCCUAACAGUGACACCUCCUGUGAAUUGUUCCUUGGAUCCAAGGACCUAGCCAACUGCUUCCCUGACGAUUUGUACGCCAAGCCUUUAGCUAUGGACCCAUUGCCUGCUCGAAGCUGCUACCUUAGCCAGGACAGCAUGGGGACCCUUGAGUCAACACCACCGAAGAGUCCGCCCUACCCAGUUGGAACAGACCCAGGGAAGGUGCAUUCGCCACUGACCUUAGAGUCCACAUCCCUGUUUGCAGGGCUGCCUGAGGAUGGAUUUGACCCACCACUCUAUGACAGCUUGUCAGCAAACAGGGUCACCCUCGGACCACUGGCAGGUCCUGACCCUCUCCCUAAGAAACCUCUGGCAGAUCCUCUGUACCCGCCAUUCUUGCUGCUGGAGGAAGUUUCUCCGAUGCUGCCUGGCUCCUUUCCUGGCCUCUCCAAGGGAAAGACAUUCAGCAAGCAGUGUCCCUUGGAAAAGACGGUGCCUCCCCGCCCUCCCGCUGUGCCUGAAAAGGGACGCGAAUGUAGCCUUCCUCUUAUGAGCAAUCUGUGUGAGGACGAACUGGAGAUCAAAAGAUUGGUGACUGAAUUAGAAAGCCAGCUGCAGGGGGAAGGGAACACACUGGGGACCUUGGGAGAACCGGAGGAAGCUACACGGGAAGGCAUGAUGGACACAAGCCCAAAGCAGGCCUCCCUUCUGCCCACAAACCAGGCCACCUCACCUCAGAGGGAGCCAGCAGAAGACAUUACAGGUCUUGAGGGAUCAAGUACACAGUGGGAAGGGGCCCGGAAGGACCCCCAGAAACAGUGGCCCUACCCAGCUUCCUGCCACACAGAAAAAGCAGCACCUCCCCCUGGUAUCCAGGACAACCCAGGAUCCAGGGCUCCCCUCAGCCCUGAAGAAUUCACACUCAGUUUUCAGAGAACGCCGGAGACCAUCAUCCCCGGUGCAGACAGUCAGAUCCCCCUAAGUGACCGCCUGCCUGACUCCAGCAACCAACAGGCAGCCUUGCUGCACUCUGGGAGUUUAGCCAAGGACAGCCCGAAGCAUGGGCUUUUGUUUCCCAAAUAUAAUGAAGCUCCUGGGACCCAGAACGAGAAUGCCCCACCACUACUUCCUGGUAAACACACAAGAGGACAUUCUCUGGACCCGUCCUGUGAGGCCCAGGAGCCCUGCCCAACUCCCCCUGCACAGGAAGGACUGAACAGCCCCAAUGCCCACCUGACCCUAGAACCCAACUUGAUACUUAAGGGUGAUGAGGAAGUCACCUCCCUCCCAAGUGCCAGUCUCAGCCAUGGCUCUAAGGGACACCCUGAGGGCGGUUUUAUAGGAGCUAUGCUUAACAAGCCUGUUGCCAAGGACCUUGGCUUUAAAGGGGCGCCUACACUUACAGGGACCUCUCCACAAUCCACCCUUCAAAGUGGCGGUAGGGCUUGGUCUCAUCCAGUGCUGGAUCCUCCCUGGGAGCCCAGUGCCAGCAUUGGACAGAGCCUCCAGGAACCAGCCUGCUCUUCCUUUCCUCUGCGUCAGGUCCUGGAUGCUACAGCUAAGAGUGGAGAGUCUACCCAGGGCCUUCAGCCUGGGGACCCCUCAGUGACAGGAGGGGCCAGUACAAAAGAAGGUUCCUCAGGGGCCAUAAACAUGUCAGUUCUUCCUGCGAACAUCCAGAAGCAGCUGAGGUCCAAGGCAGAUGGACGUCUGGGCUCGCCCGGUCAACCCGAAAAGAUCAAGGGCCAGUGUCAAGCCAACAGACUCCGGCCAAAAAGCCGGAGGAGCUUGGGGGACCCAGACACGCUCACCAAGGUCAAUGCCCAUUCGGAAGCUAGGCCAGCCAGGGGCAGAAGGCCACGCCAGGGGAACAGAGCAGCCCGGGGCCUUAGGAGACAAGCGCUGUCCUCCACCAGCUCCACCGACCCUGAUAGCACAUCCUUGGUUCCAAUCCAGAAGGCUUGCCCUCUCCAGAAGGAGCCUGCAGAGAGAAGCCCAGAGAAGGCAGCCAGCCCACAGCCGUUGUUUAGUCAGGAGAAUCCUGCUCCCUCCGAUAGAGGCCUCACUGCGUGUGUCCUCUCCACCAUGCCCCAAGCCACACCUACUCCCAGUGACCUUGAGCCGAUACCCCAGGAAGACCCUGGGACCAGAGUCAAGCCUAAUAAGCCACCAGCACCUUCCUCCCACAGAGACCUACCCAGCCCCGAUGAUCAGCCAACCUGUCCUGUCUUGGCACCUCUGGGUGCCAGUCAUGGUCCAGCCACCAAAGAUGCUGAGCCCUCAGCAGCCCCUACACUAUUGGUGACAAGCUGCUGUGGCCCUGAAGAGCCUUUAUCCCAGCACUCUCUGCUGGGGACCAGCAGUCCCAAGGACCCUCCCGUGGGCUCACUUGGCUCCAUCAGUUUCUCAGCCCCUGGAUUACUAGAGAGGACCAGCCCCAACGGCAUCACAGUAAGAACAUUAGAAGAUUCUGGAAAAGAAGAGCUGAGGCUAUCUCCUGCCCAUUCCUCUGCUCUUCCCCUAGGGGAUCCCAGCUCCCCCAAAAUGACCAUCGAAGCUGCCCCUCUGACCAGCAUUGCCCCCAAAGAUGGCCUAGAUUCAGGUGAGACACUUGAGGUGCCAGCCCCCCACUGCAUGGAAGCCCCAUCCCUCAGCAACCCAGAAAGGAUGGACUCCAAGGACCCUUCCUUGGGGCCCCAGAGUAGCAAUCCUUGCCCUGGCCAAGGGGACAGCCACAGCAUUAUAGCUGUGCCCACAGACCUUGCCACACUGGAGACUACGGAGCCAGACUCUCAAAUCUGCCAAGAAGACGAGGCAGAAGUCAGCAUUGAGGAACAGGACAGCCCAGAAACACCUGGGACAAGACACUGUGAUGUGACAAAGGUGGCCAGAGCCAGUGCCCGAGGCAUGCCCACAGGGCUCCACUUGGCCCUAGAAACUCCUCUGAUCGGCACAUCCAGUAACUCCAGCUCUGACCCUCCUCAGUACCAUAUCAGUAUCUCUCAUCACCCUCCCCAGAAGGACUCCUCAGACCCCCAAGACCAUAAACGGAGGCCCUGUGGAUUGAACAAAAAGCCAGAGCACGCAGAGCAGACCCCAACUGAGCUACCCGAGACCUGCCAGCUCUGCUCAGCCUCCUUCCGCUCCAAAGCGGGCUUAAGCAGGCACAAAGCCAGGAAGCACCGGCCACAAAGGGAAUCUAGAUCCCUGCUGACCCCCAUGCUUAUGCCAGCUUGCCAGCCUUUAGAUCCCAUGCCCAAAGCAUGCCAGACUCCUGGGAAGAAAAGCCGCAAGACGCCUGGGAAGGGAAGACCUAGUCGCCCGGCCCUGGGAGCUGGCCGCUCUUCUGGACCACCUCCCCUCCAGGACACCGUGGGUCCUGAGAUACUAAAAACGACUAGUGAGAAAUCUGAGGGAGCUGGGACACCAGACACUCCCCUCAGCCAGCACCCACCCACCCCAGGCCUGAUUGAGCAAGGAAAGAGUGCAGAGGGUCCUGCCUCAAAACCAAGGAGAGCGGACAGGUGUGGAGCAGACCGGCUCCAUCCCGACCAGACAGAAGUGAGGGGCCAGAGGCAAGGUGGAGAGCCUACCGAUCCCCCCAGCCACCCAGAGAGGAAACCAAACAGGAAAGGGGGAAAGCUGAGGGGGAAGAAGCAGAAGCAUGGUCCCGGAGGCGCUACCCACGUGACUUCAGACCCAUCAACCGCCUGUGGCCAUCCUCUCAUCCCCCUGAGCCUCUCACCUGAGGGAGGAUGCAGGCCAACUGUCAGGCCUCCACCUCCAUCCUCCACAGGAGGACCCAGAACACUGGAGGAUGCUGAAGACAUUGGCCCAGGGGCCCUGUGUACGGUACCAGCACGGAAGGCCCCCCAAGAGCGUCGAGUCUGUCAAGGGACGAUAGAGAAGGAGCAUCCGGUGGAACAGAAGGCCACCUGGACACAGUGGUUCUGGGGACCAGAAGAGGCCAGGGCAUCGGACAUUAGUGGAGAACCCUCACGGGCUAUUAAGAGCCAGCCUGCAGAGGACCACACAGGAGUCAAAGGCAAGUCCGAUGGGGGCACUGGGAAAGGGACACCUGACUUACCUGACAGGGCACACAGUCUUGAAGUGGACAGCACCAUCAGCAGCUACCCCCAGGGACCUAUCGAAGACCUGGAAACCCAGAAUGGAGUCCACGGGCUGAGGGGCGCCACUCCUGAUGCCCCCAGCCCAGAGCAAAAGGAACCCCCAGACUUGUUUGAUGAUGAGAUCUCCUUCUCCCGGCUCUUCCCCCUCGAUGGCCGCCUCACUCAGAAGAACCUACGUGUCUAUGGGAAGCGCUGCAAAAGGCCAAAGUGCCCAUCACCGAAGGAGCCCAUUGCAGAGGUGAUAAACAGUGUCUCACCCGGCUCCACGCGCCUGCCCACCGAUCUCAGUGACUCGGGCUCUCUAUGCCUGUCCCGCGAGGAAGAGGAUGUGUGGGAUGAUGAAGUCAUGAGUUUGCCCGAGUCCCUCCUCCUCGAUGGCCUUCUAAGCAAUAAGACACCUGGCCUUGACCCAUGGACCCCCAGCCUCAGCCUGUGGGCCCUGGACAGGCAAACCUGCUGCCUGGAGGAGAAGCCCUCCUGCUUUGUGGAGAACCAAGAUGAAUGGUCAGAGCCCAUCCCGCAGCUGCACAUGGUCCCAGCAGCCUGGCGGGACCUGGACCCCUGUAGCCCAGCCUGGGAGACAGCCUCUUCUGUUGGAGACAUGAGCCCGGAACCCCCCAACCUGGAAAGGGAACAUGACAACAGGCCUCCGAGAAGUGCCAGCCUGCCUCCACUUUAUGUUAAGGACUUUGAGGUUCUCAGCACCCAGCUGGAAAUACAAGACCUGUGCUUUCUGGGACCCUGUAGUGACCUUGCUGACCUACCUAACCCAGGCGCCCUCGAUUUCCAGGCCAUAGCAAAUUCACAGGGCCCUCCAAACAAAAGAAUGGAAGGAACUGCCCGGGCCAGACGAGCCAAGGGCAGAGACCUGCGGGUGAAGGGCAGGAGGGCCUCCUACAAGUGCAGGGUGUGCUUCCAGCGGUUCCAUAACCUGGGCGAGCUGGAUCUCCAUAAGCUGUCGCACAGCCCCUCGCCGCCCCCCACUUGCUACCUGUGCGUGGAGCGCAGAUUCAGCUCCCGGGAGCUCCUGCGGGAGCAUCUGUGGGAAAAGCACGUGCAGGGCAAAGCAGGGCCGUGGGCCUGUGGCAUGUGCCUGAAGGAGGUGGCUGAUGUCUGGAUGUACAACCAGCACCUUCGGGAGCAUGCAGCCCGCUUUGCCCGAAAUGGCCAGGCGCGGCGAGCCCUGGGAGACCUGCCCGGGUGCUUGGAAGGUGAAAGCACCCUCACGCACUUCCUGAACACCAUUGUAGAGCGAGCAUCCAAGCCCCAGAGGACCAAGCGCUCAAUCGGCAAGGCCAGUGGGGAGCCAUCGGAGCAGGAAGGAGAAGCUGGAAAGAAAACCCCAAGAAGGAUGAAGCGCAAGGCACGUGCCUCGGUCACCCCCAGCCAAGAUGGCGCCGAAGGAGGCAGCCCAUCCGUUCUGAGCAGCAGCUCUGACUCGGCCAAGACGCCCCCCACCCCGUCCCCAGACCCUUGGUCCCACGGCGAGUCCCCGCUCCAAGCUGUACCAGUGCACGAGGACUGCAAGGACCCCUCCCGUGACUGCCACCACUGUGGGAAGCAGUUCCCCAAGCCCUUCAAGCUGCAGCGCCACCUGGCGGUGCACAGCCCACAGCGCGUCUACCUGUGUCCCCGGUGCCCACAGGUCUACCCUGAGCCCUGGGAGCUGAAGGUGCAUCUGGGCCUGACCCACGGGGUGACAGAGGAGAAGGAGCUACCACACGUGCCUCUCUAUGCCUGUGAGCUCUGUGCCAAUGUCAUGCACGUCAUCAGGAGGUCCUUUGUCUGCAGCUCCUGCAACUACACCUUUGCAAAGAAGGAGCAGUUCGACAGGCACAUGGGCAAACACCUGAGUUGCGGCCUACAGCCCUUCACACUCCGGAGUGUUAAGCGGCCAGGGGUUCCUAGGAGGAAGACCCGUGUCUCCCGCGAUGUGCUACCCAGCAAGCGGCACAGGCUGAUGGCGCCCUCCAGCCCCUGUGAGCUCAGCACUAACAGAGUCCCCUCCAUAACCAGCCCUACACCGAGUGAGGUGUCCCUUCCUGCACGGCCCCUGAUCUGUUCCGAGACAGCUCCUAGCCUCACCCUGGAUCAGCCCAGUUCUCAAGAGAGCCCUGUGGACCAGGCAGACCACUCACCCAGGGGGAACAACCCGCCAUUGAGUGGCCAGGACCUUCCACCUCCAUCUCUGUCUCCUUUCUCAGCUGCCUCUGCUGAAGGUGCAGGUGGCGGCUGCAAGCUGAACAGAAGCCUAGAGAAACCAGAACAUGAGGCUUCUUCCUUGGGAAGCCUUGAGCCGUGUAAAUGGCAGACUCUGGUAGGGGGAAAGAGGGCCCUUCACCUGUUCCCAGAAAAACACAAGCGUCCAGGCAACCAAGGCAAGUGUGCCCCUGGGUGUUCCCCAGGGGACCCCUCUCAGCUCCAGGAGAGGUUAGUGACCACACACCACAUGGCACCUGAGGGGAGAAUAGAGGGUCCCUCCCAGAAGGGCAAUGCCACCAAACCAGGAGCCUGCUCAAGUACCUCCCAUCACAGAGCAGCAGAGCCCACCAAGAAACCACUGAAACCACCAGGACCACCCCGAAAACCAGGAGGGAUGGGGAUCCCAGCCGGAGAGCUGGUCUCGAGUCCUGAGGACAGGGUAAAGCCCAACACCUCUAAAGGUAAACUGAGGCCCAGCUCUCAGAGCAGUGGGGGGCUCCAGCCUGGGGCUCAGACAGGGGGGGGCAGCCAGCCCCAGCCAACCAGUGGGCAGCUCCAAAGUGAGAUGGCCUCCACCCCCACUGAGCCCAGCUGUCCUAGCUGGGUGAGUUCCACCCCGUACCAGCCCUCACCUCGAGCCCACACCAAGGGUAGCACCAGGGAGCCUGGAGAUGCUGUUCAUCAGGGAGUCCAAGUGCGUUCAAGUCCCAGGGAGAAAAGAGAAAGCCAUGGAAAACAAAGGAAGGGCCAGGCCCUGGGACUGGGCAGACAUGGAAGCGUGGGAAACACCGGGAAAGCCCCCUCGGCCCCUGACAAGUCAUCCAGGCCCCCCCGAAAGCAAGCAACUCCCAGCAGAGUUCCCCCUGUCAAGUCGAGACCCAGUGGCCAGAGCAGCAGGGCGAGGCCACAGCCAUCAGCACAGCCGAAAGGGGAUCCAGGCCACACUUCAGAAAAGGGCUCUUUAACCCAGGCAAGAGCUCCGUCCAGGUCCUACAAAAGGGUCAGAACUCCUCUCCACAGUGGCGUUGAACCUAUGGAGCCCCGAGACCUCCGGACUGCAGAAGCCCAGAGCGACCUCCUCAGCCAGCUGUUUGGGCAGAAGCUGACCAGCUUCAAAAUCCCUCUGAAAAAGGACAGUUCCCAGUGACCCGGAGGAGAGGAUGCAUGGGUGCCCGGUUGAUGGGCUUCUGUAUGGCCUCCAGCGUUGGAGACAGCUCCCUGGGAGACCCCUGUCUGUU